AUGCUUCUCUUCGCCUCAUUUAUAUUGCAUCUUGAUCAUGUUCACCGCUCAGUGGUCCGAUCACGCCUGGCCAAUCAAACAUAUGUGAAUGCUGAGAUUCCUAGGUGCGGAAUUCCUUAUGACAAACUUUGUUGUUUUGUCUUACAAUCGGCUGAUGCAGGAAUUUUGAAACAGUGUAUUCCUUACCCUCUUCUUUUACUGAGUCGAAUUGCUGUGCCAGUAUUCAUGGCAAUGAUUGCUUUUAUCUUGCAACUAGGUUUUAGAAUAGAUGGAAAACACAGUCGUCUCGUUGUUCGUACUCUAUGGACGAUUUACGCCUUGGUUUUUGUCAUUAUUACAUACAGAGUUCAUUAUGAUAGUUGUUUUCACCGUCAUACAGUGAUAUUUCUGAUAGUUCCUGGUGGACUUCCGUAUUUGAUCGUAGCAAUGUUGAUACCAGAAGGUACAGGUCGCCCUUUCGCCUUAUAUAGAAAUGAUAACAACUCUGAUCAUGCACCAAUCGAAGUCGAUGAUGAAUCAACUGAAGCUGUCGACGACAGACCCAUCGUAUGGACGAAAAUACUUUGA